CGGCGGCCCCGCAGCCUCGCUCUGGCCCGCGCCGCGCCCCCGCGCGUCCGCGCCUCAGUCGGUCCCGAGCGCGCUGCGGGGCGGCGGGCUGCGGCGGGGUCCGCGGGCGGCGCGAGACGAAGGUCGGAGCCGGCAGAGUCGCGCAGCGCCAUGGCCCCCAUCGGCCUCAAAGCCGUGGUCGGAGAGAAGAUUAUGCAUGAUGUUAUCAAGAAGGUCAAGAAGAAGGGGGAGUGGAAGGUGCUGGUGGUGGAUCAGCUGAGCAUGCGGAUGCUGUCCUCCUGCUGCAAGAUGACGGAUAUCAUGACGGAGGGCAUAACCAUUGUGGAAGACAUCAACAAACGCAGAGAGCCACUCCCGAGCCUGGAGGCCGUGUACCUCAUCACUCCAUCCGAGAAGUCCGUCCACUCUCUCAUCAGUGACUUUAAGGACCCACCGACUGCUAAGUACCGGGCCGCACACGUGUUCUUCACCGACUCCUGUCCAGAUGCCCUUUUUAAUGAGCUGGUGAAGUCCCGAGCAGCCAAAGUCAUCAAAACUCUGACGGAAAUCAACAUCGCCUUUCUCCCGUACGAGUCCCAGGUGUAUUCCUUGGACUCUGCAGACUCUUUCCAGAGCUUCUACAGUCCCCACAAGGCUCAGAUGAAAAACCCCAUCCUGGAGCGCCUGGCCGAGCAGAUCGCCACGCUGUGUGCCACCCUGAAGGAGUACCCGGCCGUGCGGUAUCGGGGGGAGUACAAGGACAACGCCUUGCUAGCUCAGCUAAUCCAGGACAAGCUGGAUGCCUACAAAGCAGAUGACCCAACCAUGGGGGAGGGCCCAGACAAGGCACGCUCUCAGCUCCUGAUCCUGGACCGCGGCUUUGAUCCCAGCUCCCCCGUGCUCCACGAACUCACUUUUCAGGCGAUGAGUUAUGAUCUGCUGCCUAUUGAGAAUGACGUAUACAAGUACGAGACGAGUGGCAUCGGAGAGGCGCGGGUGAAGGAGGUGCUGCUGGAUGAGGAUGACGACCUGUGGAUUGCACUGCGCCACAAGCACAUCGCAGAGGUGUCCCAGGAAGUGACCCGGUCUCUGAAAGAUUUUUCUUCUAGCAAGAGAAUGAACACUGGUGAGAAGACCACCAUGCGCGACCUGUCACAGAUGCUGAAGAAGAUGCCCCAGUACCAGAAGGAACUGAGCAAGUAUUCGACCCACCUGCACCUGGCCGAGGACUGCAUGAAGCAUUACCAAGGCACCGUGGACAAGCUCUGCCGAGUGGAGCAGGACUUGGCGAUGGGGACAGAUGCCGAGGGAGAAAAGAUUAAGGACCCCAUGAGAGCCAUCGUGCCCAUCCUGCUGGAUGCCAACGUCAGCACCUAUGACAAAAUCCGUAUCAUCCUGCUCUACAUCUUCCUGAAGAAUGGCAUCACAGAGGAGAACCUGAACAAGCUGAUCCAGCAUGCCCAGAUACCCCCAGAGGACAGCGAGAUCAUCACCAACAUGGCACACCUGGGCGUGCCCAUUGUCACCGACUCGACGCUGCGUCGCAGGAGCAAGCCAGAGCGGAAGGAGCGUAUCAGUGAGCAGACCUACCAGCUCUCGCGAUGGACCCCGAUUAUUAAAGACAUCAUGGAGGACACCAUCGAGGACAAACUUGAUACCAAGCACUACCCUUACAUCUCCACUCGCUCCUCGGCCUCCUUCAGCACCACUGCUGUCAGUGCCCGCUAUGGACAUUGGCACAAGAACAAGGCCCCAGGGGAGUACCGCAGCGGCCCCCGCCUCAUUAUUUUCAUCCUUGGGGGUGUGAGCCUGAAUGAGAUGCGCUGUGCUUACGAGGUGACCCAAGCCAAUGGGAAGUGGGAGGUGCUGAUAGGAUCCACGCACAUCCUCACCCCACAGAAGCUGCUGGACACCCUGAAGAAGCUCAACAAAACAGAUGAAGAAAUUAGCAGUUAAAAGAAAACUACCCAGCCACCCCUCCCACAAUGCCCUGCGUCCCCCCUCCCACAAUGCCCUGCGUCCCCCCUCCGGCGCCAGCCGCUUUGGUUACUUUGCUGAACCCUGCGCCCGUCCGUUGCCUCCUCGCUCUCUGCACGCCCUGGCCGGCCCCGUGGCCGCUGCGUUCUUGUGUUUAAUGACGCCCUCUCCUUGUUUGAGACAAAAGAAAUUAUGCAUUGUGGUUUUUUGGGUUUUGUUUUUGUUGUUUUAAAAAGAGUAUCCUACCUAUGUAUCCUCUACAAGGACAAGUUCAUGUGCAAGCCAUGCGCUGCAGAGUCCUCGGAGCUGUUGGGAAUGAGUGGACACUUGCCCCCCUCCACCUCCCUGCCAUGGUCUAUGACCCUGUGUGACCUUGUACGUAACCCAACCUGACACGUGCAGAUUGAGUAUGGAAAGGAAGCAGCUUGCGUGUUCUUGCAAACUCGUAUUUGGUUAUCCCCAUGUUCACUGAGCCUCCUGGAGCUGUCUGUGUUCUCAGAGUCUGCUCACUGAGGAUGCAUCUGUCACCUUCCCUCUGAUGCCCACCCCGCUCCUGAUGGGCCACAAGGUGGCCCUCUGGGCUUUCCCUGGCAGCUUGGGGGCCCCCAGUGGUUCUGCUGAGGGUGGGGACUGGGGCAGCUGUACAAAGCCAGGAUGGGUUCCAGCUGGCAUCCUGUCCCCCCCACAGCCUGUCAGUGCUGCCCCCACCCCCAACUCAUGUCCACCAGGUGUGGUCCUAAGGGCAUCCUGUUGCAGUCCAAGUCUUGGUGCCCAGACAAGCUGAAAGCAAACUCGCCCCAGGGACCUUGGUCUCCCCCAGAGAAGAAGCACCUGGCCUCAUGCCAUCAACCCAGAGCCCGCCCUUCCUCCCCCCUGCAUCCCCUCACCCCUUUCUGUAGAAGCAUCAGCCUGGGGAGAUGAGAGCAGGUGGGUGCUGAGGCUGUGGUCAGAGGGCUCUUUGCUGGGGGGAAGGGCUCUUGCCCUGAAAGUAGCCAUUGGAUCGGUCCAGGCCCUGUACCUGCUCAGCAAGCAGCUGUGACAGCAUCCGCCGUGUCAGAUGUUCUGUAGUGCUUUGAUCUUUUGCAAUCUUUUGCACGUACGUCAU